GAUGUCAAAUGAAGGUAUCACUUUAAGCACCGAUGACAGCAAUUAGGCAGAAAAUCUAUAUGGCAUAGUAAAUCAUAGCAAAAAAAAAUAAAAUUACGCUCCCUCCUUAAGAUUUCUAAUCAGUCAUUCACAACUUGACACCACACAAGAAUAUGUGGCUUGUGGUCCUCCCAACUUUUUUCACCUUUUCCUCAACACACUCUUCUACAGACCUUCAUCUUAGCACUUCAAGUAUCACUCCUCACCUUGCUAGAUAUCCCGCAAUACCCCAAGUGUGUGAUAUCCUCCCUGAAAGAAUUAUGAAUGCUAAGACUCUUGAAGGGAAGCGUAACUAUUUGAAAGAGAAAAUGAUCAGCAAGGAUGAUUUCCAGAUCGAGGAUGAUUUGGAAGAUGACAUAGAAGAAGAUGAGGGUGGCGGGGGCUGUUUUGGUUUUACCGAUGAUGAGAAGAAGAAAGGAGUUGGGAAGAGAGGGACUGGUGGCGGCGGAGCUUCUCCGCCGUCUUGCCAAGUAGAGAAGUGUGGAGCUAACUUGACUGAUGCUAAAAGGUACCACAAGAGACACAAGGUUUGCGAGGUUCAUGCGAAGUCACCAGCUGUGGUUGUUGCUGGCCUCAGGCAGCGGUUCUGUCAGCAAUGCAGCAGGUUCCAUGAGCUCCCGGAGUUUGAUGAAACAAAGAGGAGUUGCCGUAGGCGUUUGGCAGGACACAAUGAGCGGCGCCGGAAGAACACGGCUGAAUCUUAUGGAGAAGGUUCGAGCCGCAAAGGGGUUGGUACUCAACUGAAAGAAAGCCCGUGCAGGCAAGCUGAUGAAAGGGGAAGAUUUCAGAUGAGCAUCCCAUCCCAAGGAAGUUCUUACAAGCGAUCCCAAAUCAGAUAAGACCAUACCAGCGGCAUGCUCCCUCUCUUCUGUCAACUCAUAGCUUCUUCUACCCAUGUUUGGGACCAUAUAAAAUGUGAACACUUUAGUGGGAUCGUAUGUUCUAAGAGUGCUUUAGCUUCUAGUAGUAGUGAUGCUGUUUGAUAGAGGCUGUAUUCUGCGGAUUAGGCCUCGAAAAGUUUGUGUAAUAUGGUGUUUUAAGGUUCUAACAGAAGUGGAUGGACUCAUAAAGCUAUUAUUAAGAGAAUAACAUCGACUAUGCUUCUGCUUCUUGC